CUAUAAUAUAUAUGUCAUUUGGUGCUGUGUUAUUUAUACAUCUAUCUAAAAGUAUUUUCGUGCCACCAUUUGAUAGUUUCUCUACCUUGGUAACUAAUACUAAAUACAACAUUAUUGGUCUGAAGGAUACAAUCGCAGAAGGUAUAUUUAAGAUUAAUAAGGAUCCAUUUUUACAAGCAAAACAAAUGGAACGCUUGAUAUUAGCAUCAACAUUUGAGGAUAUGCAUAAAAAAGCAUGUUUUUCCAAAAAAGAGAAAUACGUCAUAUUUCAAACCGAAGUAAUGCAUAAAGCGGUUGGAAAUAGUAUGUGUCAUUUGAUUAACGUUGGAGAACCUUAUACGAAAACAUGGAUAACUUCCGGCAUCGUGAAGAAUUUUAAAUACAAAAGAAGUAUUGAUCUUGGGAUACUUAAAUUAAUGGAAAUUGGACUAUUAAACGUGUUAAAAAAACGUUGGUUGGAAAAUGGUUUUAAAUAUUACGCUGAAGAUGAGACACCGAAACCAAUUGAAUUACAUCAAGUUUCUUUAAUAAUUGCAGUAAUGUGCUGUGGGGCGAUUAUAGCUCUCAUUAUUUUCAUAAUCGAAAAAAUUAUAUUUACUUAUAAAUUAAAGCAAUUAUGAACAUUUUUCC